AUGUCUGGCCUGGAGAAGUCAGGGGCAGCGAACUACGACAACGCCGAACUCAAACCUGGCACUCCAGAGGUGGCAAAGGACGUGAAAGUACUGGCUGUGCAACCGGGAGAACUGCAGGUCUCCUGGACCAUCCCCGAACUGGCGCUCGGUAAACUAGCAUCCUCAAGGGCUGUUGCAUUCCUGAAGGAAAAAAACGUUAAUUUCUGUUCUGCGAAUGCUGAGCCCUACACCUGCGUCCUCUCAGAACUGCUUCAAGGUACCGAGUAUACAGUCGUGGUGGAAGUCUGUGUCACUCCACCAGAUGCCGAGUCGUACCCUGACUCUGAGUCGUUGCCUGACUCUGGCGCUCUUUGGUGUUCUACCACGACCGGCGUGCAGCAGAAGACCCUCGGAGAAUCUCCAGAGGCGGCAAAGGGCGUAAGUGUACUGUCUUUGCGACCGGGAGAACUGAACGUCUCCUGGACAAUCCCCGAAUUGACGCUCGGUAGAGUAGCAUAUUCAAGGGCUAUUGCAUUGCUGGAGGGAAGAAACGUUACUUCAUGUUCUGCCAACUAUACGAACCAGGCCUGUGUCCUCCAAGGUCUUGCUCACGCUACCGUGUAUACGGUCGUGGUCGAAGUGUGCGUAACUCCAUCUGAUGCUGAGUCGUUCCCUGACUCGAGCGCUACCUGGUGUUCUACCACGACCGAUGUGCAGAAGAUGACCCUCUCGCAAUCUCCAGAGGUGGCAGAAGGUGUAACCGUGCGUGCUUUGAGAACGAAAGAACUGCAGGUCUCCUGGACCAUCCCCAAACUGGCGCUCGGUACACUGGCAUCCUCAAGGGCUACUGCAUUCUCGAAGGGAAAAAAUGUUACCUCCUGUUCUGCGAAUGCUCAGCCCUACACCUGUGUCCUCUCUGAACUGGAUCAUGCCACAGAGUAUACGGUCUUCGUUGAAGUGUGCGUCAUUCCACCAGAUGCGGAGUCGUUCCCUGACUCUGGCGCCACCUGGUGUUCUACCACGACGGGUGUGCAGAAGAAGACCCUCUCGCAAUAGACGGCAAAGGAUGUGCAAGUACGAGCUGUAAAUACGAAAGAACUGCAGGUCUCCUGGACCAACCCCGACCGGAUGCUCGGUAAAAUAGCGACUUCACAGGUCAUUGCAUUCAUGAAGGGAGCAAAGGUUAGUUCUUGUUUUGCGAACGCUAGGAACCCCACCUGUGUCCUCCCAAACCUCGCACCCGCAACUGACUAUACGGUCGUUGUUGAAUUGUGUGUCACUCCACCAGAUGCGGAGUCGUCACUUCACUCUGGCGCUGCUUGGUGCUCAAGUACGACCGGUGUGCAGCUGAAGACCCCCGGAGAAUCUCAAAAUUCGCCAUUAAACGUGACCGUGUAUGCACUUCGCCCAAAAUCUCUGGAGAUGAGCUGGAACAAUCCUGAUCAUCUUGUGUCGUCCGAGGCAGUUGCAUUCCUUGGCGGACACGAAGCAGCAACCUGUAAAGGACGUGGGAAGUCAUCUUCCCGAGAUUCCUGUACCCUCAUUAACCUGAAGGACUUCACGGAAUAUGCUGUGAGG